CCGGGAGAUAGAGGGGUACUCAUGGGGGGUGGACGGUUCUCAGCCCGUUUCCCAACCCGUAGGGCUGGAGGUAGGAGCUGCUUCCGGGAAGGCAUCUGCCCCCCAGCAGGGAGCGCCUGGCUGGUCGGGUAGGGGCGGGCGGAGGCUGUGGCUGCCACUCCAGGAGCCUCUGCAGAGUUUUCUCCCUUCCUGCUCUUAGGGAAGCAGAUGGGUUCCCCUGAUGGCAGUGGUCCCAGAGCUGCGGGAGUGGGGCAGAGCCAACUUAUGGGCUGGAUCUGGCAAGUUCAGGGACCCUGCUGCCAAGUCAGGCCUGCAAACCAGCCCCAAGUGCCAGGUCCGGCUGCUCCGCGUGCUGGCCCAGGCUGGAUGCAGCCCCUGGGUGCAAGAAUUGAGCAAUGGGGGAGUAGCAGUGGCGUUUGCUGCUGGAGACAUUCCCAGAGCCAUACUCAGGUGGUGAUCGGUGCUGCCACGUUUCUGGACCCCUGAAGAGCCCCAUGGGCCAGAUGAGUCGGUUCUGCAGGUCGGGCUUUGAGCCCCCCACUUCAGUGUUUAUGCUGCUUUUGACAGAUAUGGUCUGCUAUUACAGCUGAGAGUUCACCUCCCUCACAGUGUGGCAGGCAGCACAGGUGGGAGCACCAGGGUGGGGGAUUGGGAUAGAGAACUACACUGCGAUACGCAGCUGUGCGAUUCGGAUUUGGAAUAAGGGCAGUAUUAGAUUGUGACAUAAGGUGAAGGAAAGGGAGGGAGGGAAAUGCAAUGGAUAGUCAGCCUUACUAGCAGCAUUGCCACUUUGCCCUAGAAUACAAGAAGCUGAAACCUAGCCAAAAGAGGGCAAAAGACUAGUCCUUUCACUUGUGUCUUGGAAACUGUAGCUGAAAUGAAACUUCAGGAUUCAAAGGUUUUGGCACUGGGUAGUUGUGUGGAAAUUACAGUCUUUAGGUUGGCAAAGUAGUUCAUGAGCAAAGAAAAUGUGAUCUCCUCUUUUUCCCAACAUCUGGAAGAAGGUUCCUCAAAGAAUUUUAAUUUCCUCCCACUUGCAACAGCAAGCCAUGUUUUCCUUUUUGUCUGAUUUCAGGCAAAAGUUGACAUUUGCAUGUAGAUGCCACUAAUAAUGGCAGGAGUCCAGACUUCUAGCAUAGGGAGGCCUACAAGAUUGUUAUCCAGUUCUUCAGCUUGUUGCCUUGCUUGUAUCUGAGUAAUUUAUAUGCCGGGAUGGAUGGUGUGGUGUGCCUGUCACAAGGGCUUAAGGGGGAGAUACAAAAUACAUGUCUUCCCAGCCAAAUCAGGUCAACUAAAAGGAGGUAAAAGGAUGGCUUCUCUUCUCCACCAAUUUUUGUUUAUUGUAGUGAUCUUUGGGGUAAAGGAAUGGGGUUGGAUCUUCUGAUACCACUAUUUUACUUGUGUACUGCAGCAGAAGCAGGGAAGAGGAAUGCUGGGUGGAGAAGAUAUGGGAAGAGACUAUAGAAGCCAGGCAGGUAGCUUAAAAGUAGGUGCUGGCUGCCCUCCAUUGCCUGACAACAUCUUCCAAAAAGGGUGUGCUCCUGCAGUGGAGGCAGGUAAAAAAUCCCUCUCAUCACUUCACUUUUCCAGUCCUGGCCUCUCCAGAUACUGCACUUCCUCGCUAUUAAACUGCAAGAAGAAUAUUCAUAAAUGGGCCAGAAGACAACCCUUGUAGUUCAGCUUCUUUUUGUUCUGUUUGUUUGUGUCUUGUUGUUGUUGUUAGCCCAGAACUCCUGCAUGAGCAGGGUGAGCGAUAUCAGCAGUUGCAUAUAGCUGUAGGGAUCGUGCCCAGGAGAGAUGUGGUGCUGUACUCUAAAGAGCAAUACACCACAGGUUAGAACUGCUUCUUUAUCAAAGUGCAUUUUGGAAAUAUAAUCUCCUGUUCUAUCACUUCAAAGUCAGAAAAUGAAAGUUUAUCUAAGCUUCACAUUACAGAAAUAAGUUACUCUGAGACGCAUGUCAACUGCAAAAGCAGAAAAUACUGUCCUUUUUCUGUCCUUGUUAAAAAUGGCUGUAUUUCCAUAUGACUUUGUCAAGGGAAUUUUCCAGGCCCUAUCCAACAGUAGAUGGAAGCUUUCUUGGCUAACUAGCAUACCCUAAUGCAGGGUUAGACAACCCCUGGCAUGGGUGCCAGAGCGUGGCACGCAAAGGCGUUAUGCUUGGCACGCACACCUCAAAACAGAUGGAAGGGCUGGGGCUGCACUGCCACAACAAGGAUCGGGCUACACACGGCUCCCCUGCUGUCCACCCCUGGCAGACCAACAUCCUACAAGUGAGACUGUGGGUGUUUUUGGCAUUCUGCCCCAAAACAUUGCCAGCCCCUGCUUUAAUGUAUCAUCCGCUAUGUAACUGAAGAGCAUAACUAGUUUCUAGCCUUCCUGGUUGUUAAGGUAAUCCUUAAUUCAUAAAACAGGAAUAAAAUGAAAAAGUACUUUAUUUCCCCCCCCCCCGAGUCUGUGACCAGACUACUCUAGUGCCUCUGUUGCUACCUCACAUCAUUGCCAGACACCAGUAAAUUAAAAUUUUGUCAGCUUAACUACUGCAGUUCAGACCCCUGUAAGCAGCAAUGAUGCUGUCAAGAAUUGCAUCGUUUUUACAAUGCUGCUGCCUAAGAAAACUGCAGAGCAGCAGUCUAAUAAAGGAGUUCUUCAAGAUGAGGCAUAUCCCCAAAAUAAUGUUUGGGACCUUUUUUCCUCUUCACAGUAAAUAGGAAAUGCUUAAAGCAGGAGUAAAAGCAGACACUUCUCUCUUAAAUAUAACAGAGGUAUAGGUCAUAGCUGUGUUGGUCUAAGGACAUAGGUAGACAAGGUUCUUGGUCUAACAGAGAUAUCAGAUUUACACAAACUCAGAUAGUUUGAAAAAAUGCCAAGAAGAAUUUUUCCAACUAUUUGAGUUGAUUUAAUAAAAGAUACCAGAUUUACCCGAAGAACCUUGUCUGCCUGUUAAAUGUAACACGUUCUUUCUAGCUGGAGGCUGAUAGAAAAUACAGAGCCCUCCCACUGGAGCAGUCUCAAGACUAAACUCAGAAAAAAGCCUAGUACACCAUCAUCCUCCCUAGUAGCUAAGGGAGAAGUAGUUGGAUAUAUUGAUAUUUUUCUUGGUUCAGUGUAAAAAGGGGGUUGGACAGGAGGGGAAGGUUUCCAUUUUGGAUAAUGUCUGCUGCUUGUGAACAAUCUUCAGGCAGAGUUAUGUUAUCUUUAAACUGCAGUUCUUUACAGUGACAUGAAAGGCAAAAAAUAAGCACUGACCUAGUGCAGUUAAUUUCCCAGAAGAUGGAAAGAGCCGCUUGUGGGAUACUGUGCAUUCAGAAGCUGCACACUGCAGAAUGGUAUACCAGAAACAUUACAUCUUUAAAAGAGAAGUCACCAGCAACUAUUUUUUUUUUUCUCAUUUGAAAAACCAGUUGUGUGCAGAAGAAACAGGAUAGCAGAAAAGCUUAAUAGUGCACCACAGGAGGAAUCUAAAUAUAAAAAAAAAUUAUUCAGUUAAUUCAGCUCAGUGCAGUUUUAAUUCUAUGGUCCUUAGUGAUGACUCCUAUACCUCAAAUUCAUUAGAGUACAAAGAAUUUUAAUUCAACGAAACAUCAAAAUGCACAAACAAAAUCAAACAGAAGACUUUGAAAGGCACAAAUUGGAAACUAGCAGGGGUAAAAAUUCCUGAGGCUUCAGCCAGGAAGGUUUCAAUUUUCAAGUAGUUGUUCUCGAGUCUAAAUAAUACCAAGAAAAAAUAAUGGCUGGUCUGAAGGUAGUGGGUUAUUUCGAUUGUUCACAGUCAGUUACAAAAUAAUGGUAUUAGGAGACAAGAAAGUGGUAUGGGAUUUUGAUGGGGGUUAACCUGCAAGCUGUGAUUUUAGUCCGUUACAAACUGAAGUAUUACCAGAACUCAGAAACGUUGUACCCUAGCUGCCAAAUAUACUACCAGUAAGUAACGCUGUCUCUUUCAAGACAUGUAAAGAAAAUGCUCAUGGAUCCAAUUCUCUUCUACUGAAGUAAAUAACAAAACUCCUGUUGAUCUAAGUGGUAUUGUUUCAAGGCUUGAGUGCAAAUACAUCUUAUUCUUACAGGUCUUUCCACUUAAAUGUUUUAUCUAACGCAUCUUGUCUGAUAGUUCAGCUUCCAAGAUCUUCACUGAGCAGCAGAGUGCUGUUCUUUUGUAAUGACCAAUAUUGAAGGUCAGGACUGAAUGUGAAAAAUAUCCAGUUCGUUUAAAGAUCCUGGUAAAAGCAUGCCCAUAAAUGAGUGGGCUUGCUUUUUGGUUUCUGAUCUUGUUGCAUAUUAGCAUUAGGUAGAGUACAAAUGUUCUUUUGAAGUUCUGAGGCAUACCCCAUGCUUCAAAUGUAAGAAAAUGCAGUUAUGUGUAUUCAAUGUGUUGGCAGCAAAGUGAGCACAACAGACAGCCAGGUACAUGGCACAGAUGCAACUACAGGAGUAGAACAAACAGAAUAUAGAAAAGCACCACAUAUAGUACUGAGGAAGACUCAUCUGAUUCUGAUAGGUAUGUAAGGUAUAGUGAUGAAGCUAGUUCACUUGGUACUCUCAGUGAUUCUCUUGAUAAACUUAAGAAUGCUGUUGCAAACUGAAGGAGAAAGGGACACUUGUCUCUCUACCCUACUCGUAGUAACAAAUGCGCUUGUUGAAGUCACUGAUGAAAUCCCCAUUCUUUUCUAUGGGAGCAAGAUGAGGCCCAGAAUAUUUUGGGGGUAAAAGUAGGCUGGUUAGUUAUGCCAGAAGUCCUGUUGAAGCCCUGCAUAGUUCUAACUGGUGGAAGACAAAAGUAACUGGUUCACUUUAUUGUUAAUUGAGAGAACAUAAUGCUAAGAGCCUGAAAGUCUCCUGGUACCUUUUCCUCCUCUCUCUUAGAAAAAGGAAGGAGAUUUUUAGGGGGAAAAAAACUUCAUUAAAUGCCCUAGGAGAUUUGGAACAUAACUUCUUUUGCAGGUAUUGGCUUCUUUCUGAACUGGUUUGUCAAAUAGAGAAACACAAAAAAGGUAAAUAGAAAACAUGAGUUAUAUGUAGAGAUAGACAUAUGGACUGUACAUGUAGCUAGAACUCAAACAUUAGAAAUAUAAUUGGAAAAUGGCUGUUUAUGUAGAUGGCUAUAUUCUAUUUAAACACACACUGCAUCUCUGCAGAAGAGUUUGAUGUAUGUUUGUUCCUGGCUUGAGCACUGGUAAAUGUCUAUAUAGAAUAAUCUAUUAAUGCAUAAAUUCAAGUUUUGAUCUCUGGAAACAAGUUGAAAUACUGGAAAAAUAGUGUCAUAGAAGUGAUAUGAAUGAAUACUGAAUUAAGUGGCCAGUUGUACCCUAUGCUUUCAUUAGCACCUUAUAGCCAUCAUGGCAACCUCUUCUGAAGAAGUGUUACUGAUAGUGAAGAAGGUACGUCAAAAGAAGCAAGAUGGGGCUCUCUACCUUAUGGCUGAACGGAUAGCCUGGGCACCUGAAGGCAAAGACCGAUUCACAGUCAGCCAUAUGUACGCAGACAUAAAAUGCCAGAAAAUUAGUCCUGAAGGAAAAGCUAAAAUUCAGCUUCAGCUGGUAUUGCAUGCAGGGGACACAACCAACUUCCACUUCUCCAAUGAAAGCACAGCAGUGAAGGAACGAGAUGCAGUGAAGGACCUUCUUCAGCAGCUGUUGCCCAAAUUCAAGAGGAAAGCUAAUAAGGAACUUGAAGAAAAGAACAGAAUGCUGCAAGAAGAUCCUGUUUUGUUUCAGCUUUAUAAAGACCUUGUUGUGAGCCAGGUAAUCAGUGCUGAGGAAUUCUGGGCCAACCGUUUAAGCAUGAAUGCAGUGGAUAGUUCUGCGGCACAUAAUAAGCAGGAUGUGGGCAUCUCUGCAGCAUUUCUGGCUGAUGUUCGGCCUCAAACGGAUGGUUGCAAUGGUCUGAGGUAUAACUUAACCUCCGAUAUCAUUGAAUCCAUAUUUAGAACAUAUCCCGCAGUAAAAAUGAAAUAUGCAGAAAAUGUUCCACAUAACCUGACUGAAAGGGAAUUCUGGACACGAUUUUUCCAAUCCCACUAUUUCCAUCGGGAUAGGGUGAACACAGGUUCAAAAGAUCUCUUUGCUGAAUGUGCCAAAAUGGAUGAGAAAGGGUUAAAAACAAUGGUGUCUCAAGGAGUGAAAAAUCCUCUGUUAGAUUUAAUGGCCUUGGAAGAUAAAUCUUUAGAUGAGGGUUAUGGUGUUGCCUCUGCACCAUCCACUUCAAACUCAUCAAAAUCGAUAAAAGAAAAUAGCAAUGCUGCCAUUAUAAAACGCUUUAACCAUCACAGUGCCAUGGUUCUUGCGGCUGGGCUCAGGAAACAAGAAGCGCACAAUGAUCAUUAUAGUGAGACCAGCAGCACAGAUGGAAACUCCAGAGACUCGGAUUUCUUUCAGCCACCAAUGAAAAAGGUGAAGUUACAGGAAUCUAUUGAAUAUGAAGAUUUAAGAAAGAAUAAUAGCAUUAAAACUAUUGCACUAAACCUAAAGAAAUCUGAUCGGUAUUAUCAUGGUCCAACUCCAAUUCAGUCACAGCAAUAUGCAACCAGUCAGGAUAUUAUUAAUUCUUUUCAUAGUAUUAGACAAGAAAUGGAAGCCUAUGUACCCAGACUAACUCAGGUUCUUUCAAGUGGUGAUGCUGCUAGCACCAUCACAGCCCUAUCACCUGGGGGAGCACUUAUGCAGGGUGGAACACAGCAAGCCAUAAACCAGAUGGUGCCAAAUGAUGUUCAGUCUGAACUGAAACACUUGUAUGUGGCUGCAGGGGAGCUGCUGCGACACUUCUGGUCCUGCUUUCCUGUUAAUACACCAUUCCUAGAAGAAAAGGUUAUGAAAAUGAGGAGUAAUUUGGAAAGAUUUCAAGUUACAAAGCUCUGCCCAUUCCAAGAAAAAAUCCGGAGACAAUAUUUAAGCACAAACUUGGUAAAUCAUAUAGAAGAGAUGUUGCAGACAGCCUACAAUAAGUUCCACAUUUGGCAAACCCGGCGUAUGUUAAAGAAAACGUGAAGAUUCCUACUGUAAAGGUUUGAGAGAAAAAUCUGCAAUAGCUCUAGGAAUACAACCUAGCAUAUAUGCAGAUCUUAUAGACAUUGCAGGAACACCUGCAGUGCAUGGACUUCUGGAAAUGAUGCUAACUGAACUUGCACGUUUUUGGAAAGAAACUGUGAUUUUAAACUUGAAAACUAAGGAGAAAAUAUGGAAGAACCAAAACAGAAAAGCUGAGAGGCAAAAAUAUUUAAGAGACACUGUUUACUGCAGUUACUCAGGAACUGCUUUUGAUUUGCGUAAAGAGCUGCUUUCAGAAAUAAAAACUUUAAAAAAGGUGUAUUAAUGGAAAAAAUCCAUUUUUGUCUAACUUUUUAAGUGUAUGGCACAGGGUAGAAUUCAAAUGUUUUUCUUCACUGGAUUCUGGCAUUUUAUUGAAUUCUGUUUGUACUUACUGAAACCAAGGUUUAACAAACUAUUUUAAAAAUAGCUGAGACUGUUUUUGCUUCAAACAGCUGGAGAGAUUAGCUGUCACAAGACAAGCUUCUGCCAUAUGUUUCCCCAUAAAUUGGAAGCAAGAGACAUUGCACUGAAAGCUGUUUGUGGUAUGGAGUCCCUGAAGGUGUAUGGGGGCACACACCUUUGCCUAACAUCUGGGAUUUUUAUGCAGAAUUUCUUUUUUCCAGCCAUCAAGUUUGCGUGUUUUCCUUUGAGUGCAAGCGUGUGCUGUUGCAGUCUUUUUUUUUUUUAAGGUGGCAUUAGUUUGGAAGAGAGAAUGCAUUUUUCAAAGUAAAAGUUCAAAAUAAAGUUUCUUACAAAAAAACAAAGUCACUUAUUUUCACCUCUUAGAAGAAAUAAAGUUAUUUCUCCUAAAUCUGCUUUUCUCUGCUCUUCCCUGUUGAGUAUUUUUUUGGCGAAUUGAUAAUCGUUGAGAAGUGUGUGAAUGCACAGCAUCCAUAGGUACCUGGAAUAUGUGCCAUACUUUGUUCCAAAUAGAAUUAACUCACUGUUUAUCUAAGACCUACCUGUCUUGUGUGAAAUAUUUCACUUAGAAAAAAGUAAAUCUGUUUUAUAUAAUAGAUGCAGUUUAAUGACAAUGUUGUAUUAUGUUGUCUUACCUUGACAGUUAGAGCCCAUACAGUUGGGCUACUAAUUUUUUUUUUAACUUGGCUUAAAUGAGACUGUUACAGAAUUAAGAUGCAACACCAUUAUGUAUUUAAAACCAAGCAUAGCCAUGUAGUGGAGCAUUUGACCUCUACCCCACAGUGGCUUGAGCACUGUAAUGAGGAGCCCCUGUUCAGUGUUAAUUAGUAGGGAAUCUUCUAAAAGUAAAUAUUUAUACAGCAGCAGAAUCUGUCUGUAGCUUUCCUUUUCUACUAAUUAUGCUACUCCAUUUAUGCAGGAGGGGCUCUCUGACUGGCAUAUCUUUAUAGGUGACAAUUUUUGCUAAUAUUUUGGUAAAAAUCAGAAUUUCCAUUUGUGUCCCUGUGUCUGCAUUGUUAAUCUAGCUUUCCACUGUCUGCUUUGCAGACAGCUGCAUGGCAUCUGCUCUGUGGUAAUGUAAUGUGGUUUUGCUACAUCACAGAUGACAGGGUUCAGUGAGAGAGACAAUGUUAAGCCAGGAUGGUAGCACUUCACCAUGAAUGAGCUGAAGUAUGGGUAUAAUAGUAUCUGUGGGGGCGGUAAGGACUCUCACUAAAAAGGAGGUAUUCACUUGCAAUUCUAGUGAGUCUGUGGUUAUAAUUUCUAUAAACAAAGUAACCUGAUUUUCGAAUAAAUAAAAUUUUGUCCUGGCCCUAAUCCCAUGGAUUUCAACAGAUUUACAGUGGGUGAAAGAUAUUCAGUAGUUGGCUAAUAAAAUAUUACCACUGUUGUAAAUCUUCAUUUUUUUUUUUUUAAAUAGCCACCAAAAAAGCAGUGUUCCCAAAUAUCUAUUCCCCCUACUCCCCAACAGAGUACACAUCUGAAUUGAUGCAUGCUUUCAUCAGACUACAGGGUUGGGCUGAGGAAAACUAGCCUAGUUCUAUUCUAAUAGUGCCUGCAGCUAUGGUGACAAAUUCAUGUAAGAAUAGCCAACAAAUUCAUGUAAGAGAUUGCACUGAAACUUUAGCAAUAAGCUCACUCGGCUUUAAAAUCAUGCAAGGGGAGGGUUUGUGAACAUAGAACAAAUCAGCAGUAUCUACUCCUUCCGAAAGCAUUUGGCAAACUGCUCAGUAAGUUUCAGUGUAUAGGUGUGCUGUUUAUGAACCCAAAGGGAUCUUGGCCAUUCUUCGGGUUUUCACUGCCUGAACAUACUCUGGAUUAAACACGAGGAAAAAUGCUGAAAAACAGCAGGUUGGUCCAGAAAGAGAGCAAGUGAGGAUGCUGUGCACUUCACGUUGCAUUUCCAAGCAUUGUGGCAAUAAAGUACAAAUCCCUCUUAAAGUUAGGGGAGCUGUCACCCCCUCCUUCACAAGUUACAUAUUUCUUCCUCUAGGUACCUUCCCUUAAUUGUGUCUCCUGAUAGUUUUGUUUCAGUACUUUUGUAACAUGGUCCAACAAACUGACUUUGACUAUUUCCUUAGCAGUUUUGAAACUGUGAAUCACCUUGCGUUAUAUACUAAUUGGAAUCUUUAUACUGACUUGUAUUUUUAAUGACAGUUCAUACUUGUAUUGCUGGCAUUGAUCAAAGUAUUUGUAGAAUAAACCCUACUGAAUUCUGCAGUCAA